UUGCCUGGAGGUCUAGACCAGGGUGUUCUACAGUGGCUGCACUCCUGCCAGCCUGCCCCCUGUUCCUUAUUUGCUGUUGCAUUCCCAGCCUCUAAAUUUAUUCUGUUGAGAAGAUCUGACCACAUGCCAGAUGUCUAAUAAACAACCCCAGGCUUCCAAAAACUCAUCUAUCAAACAAGUCAAGUGGCACAAGAUUGUGAUUGUGGGGUUACUCGCUGCAAGUUGGGUCUUGUACUUCAGUGUUUCUUGGCCUGACAGCACCAUCCCUCGGCCCCCAGGGCCCCGUCCUGCGCACAAAUCUUCCAUCUUUCUCUCCAGGACACUUGCCAAUCUGACUCAUCUUCUGCACUGGCCUCUGACUCCGGAACAUAGAGGAGGCAUUUUGGCCUCCACCAGUCCCCUGACUUCCACCUACCACCUGAGGGGUCCUUCCCAGGCCAGCUACACCCUGGGAGGCUACCUGGAGGCUGUCCUUGUGGCCAGGGACCACCGGGGCCAACGCAAGACCCAUGGCGGAGAUCUGUUUCGGGCACAGCUAGUGGGUCCUUAUCUGAGUGCAGGGGUCCCGGGGGUUGUCCAGGAUCUGGAGAAUGGCACAUACCUCUUGUCCUUCCCCUUGCUUUGGGCUGGCAGGGCCGAGGUACAAGUGCGGCUGAUCCACUCCAGCGAGGCAGUUGGGGUUCUGCAGAGAGUCUGGAGAGAAGAAGGGGCCACAGUCGAUUUCAUAGGCUAUUUCCGGGGACCCACAGGAUAUGAAGAACAUGUGGCCUGCAAUGUAAACCCCUUGUUGUUUGGGGAGGAAGAAGCUAUCUGUUACUACAAGGAUGAAGAUUCUGGUGAACUCUGGUUCUGUACCCAGCCCCUAACCCUGCCCUGUGAUUCAUUAGUAGGACAUUCAGCUGGACAUUACUGGAAUGUGACCGCACCACAUGAAGAUGCCCUGUUGGCAUGGAAUCUGACAGACAAGGUCCUCCCUCAGGGUAUUGGCCCAGUCCACGUAUCCAAGGAAAGCAACAGGAACCUGGUUCUGUCUCCUGAACAACCGUGCUACCCUGGGAUCCCAAACCCGAAGCCUUCUGGCUUCUACCACAGAAAUGUGUGGCACUCUCUGGCCUGCUCCAGCCGUUCCUUCCCCACAGCCGACAGCAUCCUGGGCUGCCUGGCCGGCCGCAUUGUCCACAUGAUGGGGGACUCCACGCUCCGGCAGUGGUGGGAGUAUCUGCGUGACACUGUGCCCUCCCUGAAGCCGGUGGAUCUACAUGCUGUUUACCAUUCAGGGCCCCUGAUGGCUGUGGACACAACUCGGGGCAUAGUGUUGCACUGGCGGGCUCACAGCUGGCCCCUGCGCUCUCUCCGCACACCAGUGGCCUCCUUGCACUCUGUGGUCAGGGAGCUGGCGGGCCUGGCAGGGGGACCCCGCACCGUGGUGGUGCUGGGCUUGGGAGCCCACUUCACCACCUUCCCUCCCACCAUCUUUGUGCGACGCCUGGCAGGGAUUCGGGCAGCUGUGAUGGCCCUGCUGGCCAGGGAACCCAGUACCCUUGUGGUCAUCAAGUUGGCCAACACUGGCUACAAGUCUGUGUAUGGCAGCGACUGGUUCACCCUCCAGGUGAACCGGCUCCUUCGAGCUGCCUUUUCAGAUCUCCACGUGGCCUUUGUGGACGCCUGGGAAAUGACCUCCAGCCUGCCUCUGCCGGACAACAUCCACCCAGUGAAGCUCAUUGUGCAAAAUGAGGUGGACCUGCUUCUCUCCUUCAUCUGCCCCACCUGAGUGCUCCUGUGGAUCCCGAGGCUGGGUUGGCAAUGGGCCUAAGGUCUGGGAUAGAAUUGUGAAAUGAAUUAUAAUAAACUUUUUGGGAUAAGGACAGGUGCCA